ACUAUAUUUAUUGGAAAAUUUGUCUGCAACCUCGUAAAAGAUAAACAUGCAUUUAUCGCAUUUUUUUAUCGCGUGAUGACUUGGUUAAAAAGAAGACACCUUAACGCGGCAUCAUUCGAUCAGCUUUAACAUACUUUAAAAAAAACAUACGUUAAAAUUAUAUAUUUGCAUUUAUUCUCACAAAAUGUCAAAACCGGCUCAUAUUUUACAUGGAAAAGGAAAUGUGGUAAAAUUUGAUAUAUCCCUCGGACAACUUUUACGAAAUCAAUUGGAUGUACACGGGGAUCGUGUGGCUCAAGUGGAUGCUCACACAAACAAGGCGCGAACAUUUAAGUAUAUUUCAAUUGCCAGUCGAAAAUUGGCAAUCUAUCUGCAGAAACAAGGAUUACGCGUGGGUGACAAGAUAGCGAUAUGUAGCGAAAAUAGUCUGGAAUUUUGUAUUCCAGUAUGUGCUGCGUUUUAUUUGGGUGCCACUGUUUGCCCAUUGAGUCCGUUUUACACCAGGGAAGAAUUAAAGCAUACACUUUACAUUUCUAAGCCAAAGUAUAUAUUUAUCUCUAACAUGGUGAUCAAAACCAUGAAAAAUAUAUUCAAGGAAUUGAACUGGUCACCCACAGUGAUAAUACUAGCUGAAUACAGCAUUGUUAAGUCAUGGACAUACGUGCACAAAGCAAUAUCAAAAAUUUCCGAUAAUGAAGUAAGCCUGUUUCAGCUUGCAUCUGUUGAUAUAGAUGAUCACGUAACAGCAAUUUUUUGCUCAAGUGGAACUACAGGUUUACCUAAGGGUGUUACACUGACAAACAAAAAUAUCACUGCAGUACUGUCUAAUAUUGUGGCAACUACUCCUCAAGAUAUAGAAAGUCGCACAUUUCUGACAGUUCUUCCAUUUUUCCAUAUAUAUUCUUUUAUAAUAAUGUUGAUGCAAUUGAUAGCUGGAACCACAAAUGUGGUGUUUUCCCGCUUUGAUGAAAAACUGUUUCUAGAGAGUAUAGAAAAAUAUCAAAUCGAACAAUUGUAUAUGGUGCCGUCGCUUGUAGUAUUUUUAGCUAAACAUCCACUUGUGGACAAAUAUAACUUGUCUAGUAUCAAAAGAAUAUGGUGUGGGGCAGCUCCAUUGUCAAAAGAAACUCAAGAGGCUGUAGGAAAGCGAUUAAACAUUUUCGAUAUUAGACAAGGGUAUGGAUUAACAGAAACCACUUUAGGUGUGAUAAGAUCAACACAGAAAAUAAAACCUGGUAGUGUUGGUGUGUUGGUUCCGGGCAUAUCAGCAAAAGUAAUACCACUUGGAGAAUACGAGACCGAUGAGACUUUGGGACCAUAUUGUGAAGGAGAGUUAUGUUUCAAAGGCGAUCUAAUAAUGAAGGGUUAUUAUAACAAUGAAAAAUCCACUAAAGCUACAAUUGAUAAGGAUGGUUGGUUGCACACAGGUGACGUGGGAUAUUACGACGAUGAAGAAUAUUUUUAUAUCGUUGAUCGGAUAAAGGAACUUAUUAAGUACAAAGGCUAUCAGGUUCCGCCAGCUGAACUCGAAGGGAUCUUGUUGACUUGUCCCAAUAUAAAAGAUGCGGCCGUCAUUGGCGUGCCAAAUGAAGAAGCUGGAGAAUUACCGAUGGCCUUCGUUGUCAAGCAAGAGAAUUCCGCAAUAUGCGAGAAAGAUGUAAUAGAUUAUGUCAACGAGCGGGUAUCAAAUCCAAAACGACUUAGAGGAGGUGUAAAAUUUGUAGAUAGCAUUCCAAGGGUAUCAAGCGGCAAAAUACUACGUCGAAAGUUGCGUGAUUCAUUAUUAUCAAAAUUAUAAAUCUACUAUAUUUGAUUUUUUAUAGUAAUACACAAGAGUAGUUUUAUUAUAAAUAUAUGUAUGUAUAUUCUAAUAUAUAGUUUACAAAAUAUGAUAAAUAGUAAUAUCCCGACAGGUAAAUUAGGAAUUCCCAAUUUUCCUGUAAGGAAAAGGUUUCAAAUUCGCGAUUUUUGGCCGAGAGGCUACAGUUUUCACAAUGUACUUUAAAGUUGUAAGAUUUUUUAGGAUUUUUCAGUAACAAUUUAUAUCAAUCUUACUUGAGGCACUGCAUUACUAAAAAGAUACUACAAUUACAUAUAAAUAUAAAAUUACGUGCAGUUUUAAAUGCAUUAUUAUUAUCCUCAUCCUCAACGAAGACAAAGUUAAAACUAAAUUUUUUUAAAGAUUUGUUUCUCUCUCUCUCUCUUUCUCUCUCUCUCUCUCUCUCUCUCUCUCUCUGAUGUAUAACUUUUAAAUUUAUUACAACAUAAUCAAUCAAGAGAACAAAGAAUACAGAAAAUUUAAACACAAAGUUAUACCUGCAAUAUAACUUAAGAUGUACUUUACACAUUUCACGUAAACUAGUACAAUUUUCCAAAAAAAAAAAAAAAA